AUGUGUCGUGGAAUCAUCCGUCUCAUUGAAAACACGGGUCCAUGGGAAGUCAUAUCGCUCAAGUCACUAUUAACAUAUCCUCGAAGCAACUCAGAACGGGUCAACUGGCUCCUUGAUCAAGCCUCUCUGUUCGAUGGCCCAGCAAUUGGUCUUUUUGAUCAUGCACUUGCCCAAGCACCUCGUGUACCUUCCCAGAUAUUUAUGAACAGACAGCUAUACAUGAAGAGAGAGACUGUUGUAGAGGUUCAGAGGAGUAUGAGAGUACUGGAACAAUUAUGUGUUGGAACGGAAUUCUCCCCUACCCCACGAAUAUUCCCUGGCGUGGUGAGAACCGUGGAUUUCUCGGCCGCUUUGGAUGGACGUGAGGCGAGAAAUUCGGAUCAGGAUGCAGCGGCGGCGCCUUCUCUCAAUUCGAGUGCUUAA